AUGAGGCAAGGCGGCCCGUUUGCGCUUGCCACAUACGACCUGGUCCCCGCUGCACGUGUCGGGCUGUCGUCGCAACCCCCCAGCACCACCAUCGCCGCGCCCUCCGGCAAUAUCACUGUAAUUACCAAGAGCAGCAAAGUUCUUACCACCGCUCCGGCAAAGAAGCAUCUACUUCACGUUCCCGUCGCAAUCGUCCCUCUCCACCGUUUUUCUACGCUUGCUAAUCACCAUGCUCACUCCCAUCUUCAAGCCCUCACUCGUCUAACGCUGUUUUCGUGUUUACGCCCAGGUCUGAAUCUAUUUGGUCCUACGUACAGUGGACUGGAGUACGACUACCGCGGUCUCCAGCGGGUGUACCGCAAGCUGGGUGAGACAGCCAAACUUCAGCACUACCAAACUCUGUUUGAUGAGUGGCACAUGCAGCGCCAAAGUCUUCGCUUUUUGGAGCCCACAGAGAACGAGCCGAUCGAACCCAGCUUCCGCUCCGCCAACACUGAGGUAGAACAGCGGCUGACGCCGACGUCGGAGGAGAACGACGAGGAGGAGGAGGGGUCGGCACUCGCCCAGCUGUUGGACGAGUACCGCCUGGAGUUUGGCCCUACCUUUGGACAGUCCGCUACUGCUCCGGGUUCCUCCAAGGUUGAACCCUCCUCCGAUUCUUCUCCGGCCUCGCCCGGUCGAAGUGUCAGCCCUGCGCCGGGCGGUGAAAACAGCCGUUCAACUGGCUACUGA